AUGUCGGAAAGAAUGACGCUUUCAUUCUUGACGAAAUUUAUAAAAUCCUAUAAUGGGGAGAAAGAUUCCCUACCCGCUUUUCUUACAAACUGCGACAAUGCAAUGUCGUUAGCUACACCAGAACAACAGCCUAUUCUGUGCAAAUUCAUCAUCUCACAACUAGAGGGAAAAGCACAAGUUGCAUGUAGUUUAAAAACCUUUGAAACAUGGAAUCAAAUAAAAUCAUUUCUCCGUUCUACUUUUGGGGAGAAAAAACACGCGACACAUUUACUAUCAGACUUGCAAAACUGUAAACAGUCAUCCGAGGACGUCACUAAGUUUUCUUUAAAAUUAGAACAAAUUUUAACAAAAAUUCAAUCAGAUAUACACUAUAGUUGCAAAAACGCUGAUGAGCUUCCAGGUAGAAUAGCCGCCAUGGAGGAUCUAGCAUUAAAUACAUUCUUGUUAGGGUUAAAUCCUGCUAUUUCUACUAUUGUUAGAUGUAGGAACCCUCAAACUCUAAAUGAAGCUGUUCAAUUAGCGAUAGAAGAGGAAAAAUUACAAAAUCUCCAAACAUGUUCAAAAAAUUCAAUAAAACAGUGUAGUAUAUGUAAUAAAGUAGGCCAUGUUGCUACUCAAUGUUUUAAAAAUAAAAAACAUUCUAAUUAUAAUCAUAAUAAACAAAUUUCGCAUUUAUCUAGUUCUAAUUCUGGUAAAUUAAUGUGUAAUUAUUGCAAAAACAUAGGGCACACUAUUGAUCAAUGUAGAAAGCGACAAUAUAAUAUGCAACAACGUCAAAACUUUAAUCAUAACUCUAAUUAUAUAAAUCGUAGCCCAAAUAAUAAUUCUAAUUUUAUAAGUCGUAACCCUAUUUCCAAUUCUAGUUCCAACUCUGUGCCUAUGCACAUGACAUAUGAUAACGACGACGCUGUCGAUAACUCUAACUCUUUAAACUGA